UAUUAUAUCUGCAAAUGUUUAAUAUAUGUUUUUUUAAUUCAACUUUUACCAAAAUGUUCAAAAGUUUCUCUUGCGGAACCUCCUUUUAUUGACGUCACUUCCGGCGCGAGGGAACUGUUUUCCUUCUUCUACAAAGUUCCGCUUCCAGCAUUUUCUGCGCCCGGCGCAUAAACGCGGCGGCACCACUGGAGGUUUCUAGAAGCAGCCGCGGCGUGUGGCGGAUCCUCACCGGCAGAAGGAGCUGACAUUCCCCAACGGUUAGGUUGCUGUAAACCCGGACAAAUGGCGAAGUGGGGAGAAGGAGACCCUCGCUGGAUCGUAGAGGAGAGAGCUGACGCCACGAAUGUCAACAAUUGGCACUGGACGGAGCGAGACGCCACAAACUGGUCGACGGACAAGCUGAAGGCGCUGCUGCUCGGGCUGAGCGUGGAAAACGAGGAGGGGACGUGCGAGGUGACAGAAGUCAGCAAACUGGAAGGGGAAGCCUCCAUCAACAACCGCAAAGGCAAACUCAUCUUCUUCUACGAGUGGAACGUGAAGGCAGCUUGGACCGGAAAGUCUAAAACAGGAGUCAAAUACAAAGGAACCAUCGAGGUUCCCAACCUGUCGGAUGAGAACGACAUGGAGGAUCUGGCCAUUUCUGUGAUGAUGAACAAAGACGAACCGGACACGCCGCUGCUGAGCCUGAUGAAGACGAAAGGCGCCGAGAAAGUCCGCCAAGCGCUCGGAAGCUACGUAGACUUCUUAAAAACAGAGUUCACACAGGGGAUGAUCCUGCCGACCGCCAACGGCGUGGCCAAGGUGCCGUCUGCUUCACAAUCCAAAGCCAAGCUGGAUAAAACCCAGAUUUGCUCCGGCGGCAGCAGCAGCAGCGCAGCCGCUCCGGCCAACGCCGGCGUGAAGAUCCCCACCUGUAAAUUCAGCAUCAGAGACACGUUUCUCACCUCGCCGGCGGAUCUGUACAGAGUCUUCGUCAACCAGGAGAUGGUUCGGGCCUUCACGCACAGCGCCGCGGCCGUGGAGGCGGAGAGGGGGGGCAGGUUUCGCCUGCUGGACGGCAACGUUUGUGGAGAGUUCACAGAGCUGGUUCCCGAUGAGAAGAUCGUCAUGAAGUGGAGGUAUAACACCUGGCCCUGCGAACAUUACGCAACAAUCACGCUGACCUUCGUGGACCGCAGCAGCGAGACGGAGCUGAAGGUGGAGUGUCGAGGCGUCCCCAACAGCGAGGAGGAGCAGACGAAGGAGGGCUGGAGGAGAUACUACUUUGAAGCCAUCAAACAGACUUUUGGCUUUGGAGCGCGGCUCUUCUGAAGACCCCCACCCCCACCCCACCCCCCGCGUUCGUUUCUGUUCGGAUUCUUUCUAAAGAUGUUCCCCUUCGCUCUCUGCUCUUCAUAGGACAAGUCGACUAAAAAAGAGGAGAAAGGAAAGUCUGUCACUUUGUGUGUAAAUGUUUUAAUUUUGAAGAUAUUUAAGAUUUUUGCAAAGAUCGCUGUCUUUGAGGCUUGUGUGGGAAUAAAAGUUUCUAAGAAUGAACUGAAGGAACCUGAUCUCCACUUCUAUGAAAAUGUUUUGUUUUUUCAGUUGGAAAAUCUUUUUACUUUGUACCCGUUUGAGUGUAACGUUAACGGAGAGGCUGUCAGCCGCCGUGCGCGUUUCCCUUUGAGAGGGCGGCGUUCUUACCUCAUUCAGUCCAGACGGUUCGGGUCCGGUCGGUCUGAGAGCGCCGCUGUGGGCUGGCGUUUACCUGGACACGCCUGUCGCAGCUGGAAGGUUUCUGGCUCUUUGAGGUGUAAACAUCCAGCGAGGAGCUUUGGCCACAGAAUGCAUCUAUUUAUUCCUCACCUCAUUCAGUCAACAUGUAAAAAAACCAAACCGUUUCUUGAAAUAAAAAAGGGAAAAGGGGA